CAACAAGUGCCAAGUAAAGUAAAGUAAACCAUUGAUCAACGCUGCUAGUUGAAGUCUUCAAAUCCUCUCUACUUUUAUUUUAUGUUCAAGCAGAGAUAAAACUGUACAGAUAUUUGUCCAGUGAAGCAUAUCAUUUAACAGUCUCAGGGUGCAAAGAUAUGGCUCUGGCAAGUGGGCACUGGAUACAAAGCACUAUCUGUGGAGAACCACCAAGGCCACGGCACGGGCAUGCCUUAACAGUUGCAGGCAAUAUUGCAUUCAUAUUUGGAGGUUGCACCAUUAGCAGUAUUCUGGAUGAGAAGCCAGUGUAUUUUAAUGACUUUUAUAUGCUUACAGUUGCUCCCACUGACUUAACAUGGGAGCUAAUCCCACAGACUGGUCACAUACCAACACCGAGAGAGGGGCAUGACAUUUUCGUUGUAAACAGGAAAAUCUAUUUAUUUGGAGGUCGCUCUGAUAAAGGCACAGGUGAAUGUCUCCAAGGAAUGUACUCGUUUGACCUAGGUACGUUAACAUGGGAGAAAUUAAAAAUGAAUGGAGCAGCUCCUCAGACACUGAGUCACAGUAUUGCAACUGUCGGGGAAAAUGUGUUUGUUUUCGGUGGUAUUUGCCAUGGAACAGUCGUAGAUGAUCUGCACAUGUUCAAUACAGUGUCUGAAACAUGGGUUCCAGUGAAAACAUCUGGCUCCCUGCCUGAUGCAAGGUUGGGCCAUGCAUUUGCUACUGUUGGACAACAAAUAUACAUGUUUGGAGGCUGCUCGGCAGAUGGAGUUUACUAUAGAGAUAUGUAUAUGUUGGACACAGCUACUUUAUCAUGGCAAUGUUAUGAGGUCAAAGGCGAGAACCCAGUUGGAAGACAAUUUCAUUCUUUCACAGCGCACCAUGAUAAGGAUAUCUACCUGUUUGGAGGACUUGUGGAGACUGAACAUAAGACUGAGAUGUUGAAAUGUGAUCUUAUGAAAUUAAGUCUUGCAAAGAUGAAAUGGAAGAUGCCCCUGUAUUUUGGGAUUCCACCAGCAUGCAGAUAUAAACAUACAACUUUUGUUUUGCAAAGUCAUCUUUUCGUGUUUGGCGGAAGGAAUGAAGAAAUUGACUUCAAUGACGUCAUGACUAUGAGGCUUAUAAACCCUUCAGAUAGGCAGCCUAUAAUGAAGGACAUUCUUUUGGAAUGUGGGAUCCAAGGCAUAAGCAGUGGAUAUACGCCAACUAAGAUCCCAAAAGUAAAAUAUCAGUUAAGUGAACUGGAACCUCCACAAGUCUGUUCUCUAGAUCCUUUAACUAGGGAAGAGAAAGAAAACAGUUUCAUGAUUGCACGCAGCCAGGCUAUAGCCAAAAUGAAAUCAUCCUUUGCCUUGUUAGACUUUGAAUUUGAAACAUUUGAUCUUGAAAGGGCAAACUUUGCACAGGAACAAGACACUUUCUAUCAGAAAAAAGAGGAAUUCAUCAGACAGUAUAAGAUUCAGCAAGAGGAACUCCAGGAGAUGUUGGAAAAACAUAAGCUACAAAAUGAAGCAUGGCUGAGAGCAAGAGCAGAGGAAAAUGACAAAGAAAGGAGAGAAAUCUGUAAACUAAGAGAGGAAAUUCUUCUACAACAGAAAAAGUUGAAAGAAGAAGAGCAAAUGGUUGAAAAACGCAAUCAGCAGUUGAUUUCCAUCCUGCUGCAGUUCAAAGGAAUGUAAAGACUUUGAAAAAUGCAUUCAUUUCAGUGGUAAAGGCAGCAAGUUAAUUCCAUUAUUUUUCCACUUUAUAGUGAUCAGUUUGUACUUCUUAUCAAUCUAACUCUUACCAAAAAGGGUCAGUUUCUUCUACAUAUUUUAUAUUCAUAUCAUUCAUUUACAAAUACUCUUAAAAAAAUGAAAUAAAAGUAUAUGCACAGAAAAUAAAAAUAAAAUGCAGCAGUAUGUU